AACGACACGAAGAAGAAGAAAAGAACAAGAACAAGAAGAAGAGAAGAACAAGAAGAAAGAAGAAGAACGAAUUGCCUGCAGUGGCCGCUGUAGCAGAAUAGGGAAGGACCACGCGCUUUGCAUCUUCCCGAAUUAGUACCGAACGCAUUUAAGCCUGUUCGCAUCAGGACGACCAACACUACUUGACUGGACUAAAACGGCAUUCAUUGCCCGGUUCCAGUCGUCUCGUGUGCACGUCGAAGUUUCUUGGCCUAGUUUAGCUUAGCUAGCUGGCCACGCACAAAGAGACGCGUUUAUCAUCAACGCAUCGCAAAGCGGAGAACAAGUCUGAGCCAAAAGUCUUGUGAUUAUCGUGUGAAAAUGUGUGCAAGAAGGACAGCAGACUACCAGGAGGAAGUUUGUGGGACAAAAGAGGAGAGCGGGCGACAACUUCAACUGCCUGACGUUGUUUUCAAGAAGCCUCGAGUUGGGCUACGCACGGCAGACAUCAAUGAAGAUCUUUGCCCUGAGCGGCUAAAGCCAGAAUCCCCUCGCAUUAAAGAGGAAGUUGAGCAUAAAGGAUCUUCUCACAUUAAAGAGGAAGAGGAGGAGCCAGAGUUUCCCGUUAUUAAAGAAGAGGAGUCUGAGCGCCCUCACAUUGAGCAACAGCUGUUCUCCCUUCAACCUCACAUGAAAAAGGAGAAGGAAGAGCCCUCAUACAUUAAAAAAGAGGAUGAUCUCACCAAGUUACCAUUGAGUGGUGUCCCUUUAAAAAGUGGAGAUGAAGCUAAAGGUCCAAGUGAGAAGAUCAGAGGGGUGGACCCUCCAAGCAGCAGCACAACUGGACACAUGACCACAGAAGGUGAUGGAGACUACUGUGGAGCAUCACAAGCAGAAGGCCUCAUCGCUCCACUAUCAGAUAGUGACAACACAUCACACUCUCCUGACACUGAUGAUGAUAGAGAACAGCCUGAUGGUGAUAUGAGAUGUCACACUGCAAAAAAACGCUGGAAAUGUUCCCAGUGCGGGAAAACUUUUCCCUAUAAGUCGAAUUUGAAACAACACAUGAGAAUACACACUGACAUCAGUGAAAAAUACCUUCGUCCUGAGCAGCAGGAGAUGGAUAUCCCUCACAUGAACAUGAUAGAACCAGAGCACCCACAGGAGGAAGAACCCCCUCAGAUUAAAGCAGAGGUGGAGUCAGUGCAUCCUCACUUCAAAGAGGAGGAGGAAGAGUGCCCAUACAUUAAAGAGGAGGAGCCAGAGCACCCUCACAAAGAGAUGGAAGACCUUCCUCACAUGAAAAAUAAAGCAGUGCUGGACUCCCCACACAUUAAAGAAGAGGAGGAAGAGCCCCCAUACAUUAAAAAGGAGUAUAAUAUCACCAGUAUGCAAUCGAUAGGCGUUCCUUUGCAGAGUAAAGAUGAAGAUAAAGGUCAAAGUGAGGCGGACAGAGGUACAAAGCCUCCAAGCAGUAGAAGCUCAACUCAAAACAUGACAACAGAAGUUUAUGGAGACUACUCUGGAGGAUCACAGGCAGACAGCUUCUUACCUCCACUAUCAGAUAGUGAUGACACAACAUCACAUACUCACGAUGAUGAUGUUUAUAAUGAUGACGAAAACUCUAAAAGUGAUAUGACAUGUCACAUUGACAACAAACACUGGGAAUGUUCUCAGUGUGGGAAAACAUUAAGUUCAAAGUCUAAUUUGAAAGUACACAUGAGGACACACGCUGGUGAAAAACCUUUUGCCUGCUCAAUUUGUGGUAAAAGAUUCUCUUCAAAAGCAUAUCUAAAAAUACACACAAGGUCACACACUGGUGAGAAUCCUUUUACGUGCUCUGUUUGUGGUCAAACAUUCUAUCUGGAGGUAAACUUGAUAAAACAUACGAGAACCCACACUGGAGAGAAACCUUUUGCCUGCACAGUUUGUGGUAAAUUUUUCUCUGAAAGGGGAAGCUUAAAAACACACACAAGAAUACACACUGGUGAGAAACCUUUUGUCUGCUCAUUUUGCGGUCUAACAUUCUCUCAGAAGCAAAACUUAAAAAAACAUACUCAAACCCACACUGGAGAGAAACCUUUUUCCUGCUCAGCCUGUGGCCAAAGAUUCUCUCAGAAGGGGACCUUAAAAAUACAUUUAAGAACACACACUGGAGAGAAACCUUUUGUCUGCUCAUUUUGUGGUAAAAGAUAUUCUGGAAAGGGAAGCUUAAAAGAACACACUAGAACGCACACUGGGGAAAAACCUUUUACCUGCUCAGUUUGUGGUCAACAAUUUUCUGUAAGGAGAAAAUUAAGCAUACACACAAUAACACACACCGAGGAGGAGCCUUUUGCUUGCGCAGUUUGUGGUAAAAGAUUCACGCGCAAGGGAAGCUUAAAUGCACACACAAGAAGAACACACUCUGGUGCGCAACUUUUUUCCUGCUCAUUUUGUGGCCAAAGAUUCUCUCAGAAAGGAACGUUGACAAUACACACAAGAAUCCACACUGGUGAGAAGCCUUUUGCCUGUUCAGUUUGUGGCCAAAGAUUCGCUCAAAAGGGAAGGUUAACAAGACAUUCAAGAACACACACUGGAGAGAAACCUUUUGCAUGCUCAGUUUGCGGUCAAAGAUUCUCUCUGAAGGCAAACUUAAGAAGUCACUCAAGAACACACACUGGAGACAAACCUUUUGCCUGCUCAGAUUGUGGUCAACGAUUCUCUGACACGGGAAGUUUAGGAAGACACAAAAGAAUGCACACUGGAGAAAGACCUUUCACCUGUUCAGUUUGUGGCAGAAGAUUCUCUCAUAAAGUAACCUUAAAAAAUCACACAAAAACACACACGGGAGAAAAACCCUUUGCCUGCUCAGUUUGUGGACAAAGUUUUUCUCAGAAAGGAACCUUGACAUUACACACAAGAACCCACACUGGUGAGAAACCUUUUGCCUGCUCUGUUUGUGGCCAACGAUUCACUCAAAAGGGACACUUAAGAUGUCACAUACGAACACACACUGCGGAGAAACCUUUUUCCUGCUCACUUUGUGGCCAAAGAUUCUUUCAGAAGCAACAGGUUAAGGGACACAAAUGUGUUGAUGAGAAUAGCAGUGAUCAAUGAAGGUUUCGCCUCUCAUCUGAGCAAGCUUCAUGAGUUCAUGCACCAAGGAUGACUGUAUUCUUUGUACCUUCUUGAAGGCCUCCUUCUGACAAGUGUUAAUAAUUAGUACUUGUGUUAAAACACUUGUAGCAGUACACCUGCUUUGUUCAGUGUUUUUGUGAUGUGCAUAUCGAAUGAGCAAACGAUUGAAAUAGCGGACACUGACUCUUUGGGGUAAGAUGGAAAACUGUAUGUGAUCCUGAAUAAAUUUUACAUACAUUUUGUAAUGAAAUGUAUUAUGUCAAUAUAUCACACUGUAUAAUUUCUCAUCUAUGUAUUUGUAUUUGCUUUUGAUUUGAUUUGUUUUACUCUGCUCUCUACUCCCAGGUCAGCCUUUCUAAUUAGAUUAUAUCCCCAAUUGCCUUACCUGGAUGAAUAUAGGUUGGGAAAAAAAUGUACCGGUACAACUUUUUAAACAGUGAGAGUUACUUGUAUAUCAAGUAAGGAGCUUCAACGAUGAUGAAAAUGCAGGUGGCCAUAUUAGCAGUCAGGAAGUUAUACAACGAGGUGGCCCGCUGUGUUAGAUAAAGGCAUGUUAUCCCUCCAGAUUUCAGAGCCACAAAUAUUCAAUCGGACUCUUCCACAUGCCACGGCUGUUGGUAGAUACUUUGUUUGUUGACCAAUAAAGCCGUCUUCGUCAAUGAGCUUGUA